AUGAACAACCCUGAUUGCCAACUCCCUGUUCACCUAGCGAACCCUGCGCUUUUUGACAACAGGGGAUUUGUUGCAGGCAAGUGGAGACAUGCAGGUCUAAAUAAGACGUUUCCUGUCACUGAGCCCUCGUCUGGUCAAAUUCUGGCCCAUUGUGCGGACUUUUCUCAAGAACAGUUUGUGGAAGCUAUCGAAGCAGCCGACCGUGGAUUUCGACAAUAUUUCCUUCAUACCACUGCCAAGCAAAGAAGUUCGCUUCUGCGCAAAUGGAACGACCUUAUCUUGGAGAAUCUUGACGAUCUUGCGAAAAUACUCUCUCUAGAGAAUGGCAAAACACUCGCAGAAGCAAAAGGCGAGGUGACAUAUGCAGCAUCUUUUGUUGCAUGGUUUGCCGAAGAAGCAGUUCGAUCAUAUGGCGACGUCAUUCCGUCUUCUUACCAGAAUACUACAGCCUUGACUUUCAGAGAGCCGGUUGGUGUAUGUGGUAUAAUCACACCCUGGAACUUCCCUGCUGCUAUGAUCACUCGGAAGAUCGCACCGGCAUUUGCGGCAGGCUGUUCAGUUGUCAUCAAGCCGCCUAGCGAGACACCGUUUACUGCGAUCGCACUGGUCAGGCUUGCUCUUGAAGCAGGUUUCCCGCCUGAUAUCGUCCAUGUCGUACCUACUAAAGACCGCAAGGCUUCUUUGGAGCUGGCCACACACCCCAAGGUCAAAAAGAUAAGCUUCACUGGCUCAACCAACGUUGGCAAAAUGCUCACCAAGCUUGCUGCGGGUACAGUAAAGCGAGUUAGCAUGGAGCUUGGUGGGAAUGCACCUUUUAUUGUUUUUGAUGAUGCGGACAUUGAGAAAGCCAUUGAAGGAGCCUUGAUUUGCAAGUUCCGCGCUUCUGGUCAGACAUGUGUUUGUGCAAACCGACUUUAUGUGCAUCAAGAUGUCUUGGAGGACUUUACUCAGGGACUGAUCCGUCGAGUUCAAUCAUUCAAGUUGGGACGUGGAAUCGAUGAAGGGAUCACCCAUGGCCCUCUUGUCAAUGCUGCCGCUGUUGAGAAAGUCAAGAGCCAUGUACAAGAUGCUAUCCAAAAGGGAGGUCAACUCCGAUAUGGUGGUGAUGUGCCAGCUGAUACUCCUCCCUUUGGGUACUUUUACCAACCAACUAUUAUCACAAAUGCCAAUAAAAACAUGCUCCUUGCAUCUGAUGAGACAUUCGGACCUCUGGCAGCCAUUUUCCCAUUCUCAUCCGAGGAAGAAGUCAUUGAAAUGGCCAAUGACACCGAUUUUGGCCUGGCAGGAUACUUCUUCAGUGAAAAUAUUAAUCGUGUUCUCCGAGUUGCGCAGCGACUGGAAUGUGGCAUGAUUGGUGUCAAUACUGGAUUGAUCAGUGCAGCUGAAUCUCCAUUUGGAGGAGUCAAGGAGAGUGGCAUUGGACGAGAGGGAAGCAAAUAUGGUCUCAGCGAAUAUCAAAACAUCAAGGCUGUAACUAUCGGAGGAUUGUGUCCCUAG